CGUGCCACUGCCACUAUUAGGUGGAGUCGCUCGCUCUCUGACAGCCUGCGGCAACCACAUCUGAACGGUUGAGAUCCUCCAUCUCUAUGCGCACCACCCGACCUAUCUGGUUGCCUGAUAGUGGCUCGAAACAAGAUGAGGGGGCUCCGAAUUCGACUGCCUGUCCAGGGUGGGGAUCCGCCCUGGCACUCAACUACAAUCACCAUUUCGACGCUGUAACUACUCCUCGACAUGGAAAAUUCCGCAGAUUCCCAUCCAGACUAGAAACGAGAUGAGAUGAGAAGAAGAGAGAAACUCCGAAUAGAGUGAGGGAUAUG